AGAAGAACUUUCAUUUGGCGUUUGCUCCGAGGGAUGUAGUUGGUUUACAGCGCCUUAAUAUUGUUUUCAAGCCCAUUUUCAUUGGAGCUUAGUUACUCUUUGUAGCCUAGAGCUGUUGCAUUUUCGUAAAUACAUCGAGCCUGUCAGUGCCAUCUCUUUCUGCGAAUUCUCGACUUUGCACCUGCACCCACUGCAGCUGAUGCCGGCCCGGACCUUAAGCACCUCACCUGAUGGCAACUUCCAACCUCAAUCUCCCCAAAAACCCCCCAUCAGCCCACCACCCCCAUUAACAAACACCCGAACUGUCCCGGAAUGGCGGCCGUAGAGGCGUCCUUCGAAUUCCUACAAUGGCAGCCGCUGUACGAGAAGCAAAAGCCCUACGAGGUGUUCCUCCCGCUCGCCAGCUUCGGCGAGAACAACAGGGACAAGAUCCCGCGGAGCAACCUCGUCUUCGAGCGCCGGCCCGUCCGCGUCCACGACGUCCGCGGCCGCCAGGACGCCUUCGGCCUGGACACCCACGGCUUCCAGUUCGUCCGCCAGCCCACCGCCGUCCGGGACCUCAAGGAUCGCGCGGCGGUCGGCGAGCAGUACGUCCCCGAGAUGGAGGCGUUUCUGCGGCGGUACCUUGGGAUGGGGGGCGAGGGAGGGGAGGCUAGGACGUUUUGCUUUGAUUUGCGGCUGAGAGAGAGUGUCGACGCCGAGGAGUUCUCCAAGAGGACUGUCAACCUCGAGGAUGGAUUCGACCCCCUGCUUCCGGCCACGCAUCCCCAUAUUGACCAGACUAUGCACGGCGCCAACUUGCGAGUCAGACGGCACAUGGGCGACGAGGCAGACGAGCUUUUGAGGGGCAGGGUCAGAGUUAUCAACAUCUGGAGGCCACUGGCAAGAGUCCGGUCGUGGCCCCUCGGCCUCUGCGACUCUCGCACCGUCAAGCAGGACGAUCUGGUGACGUGCGACAUUGUCCGUCGACGAUACGUGGGAGAGACGUAUUUUGCGAAAUACAACCCAGACCAGAGGUGGUAUUAUCUCUCCGACAUGGAAUUCGACGAUGUCAUAUUGGUGAAGGUGUAUGAUUCGGAUCCGGAGGUGCCGGCAAAGCGCUGUUUACACGCCUCCUUUCAACCCGACGACGGCACUGGAAGCCAGCAGCAGGCGUUAAGGGAAAGCAUCGAGCUCAGGGUUCUGGUAUUCACCGAGUCAUGACAUAGACGAAGAUUUACUUUGGUUGGUGGUAAUGGUAUAUUAAGUUUCCAAACCUGGAAUUUGACAGUCUUGCCUCGCCCACUCACUACAGCCCGGUAUGCACAGUCACCUGCCGCCCAUCCUGGUCCAAGAAGCUCGCAAUCUUUUCUUUUUUUCGCCGCGCCCACAACACCUUCAGCAGCAGCGUCCCCGUGAAUCGCCCCUCGUCGGUUGGCUGCAAGUCGUCGUACAUCAUGACGGGGUCCCCGACGCCCAUGACCCAUUCCGAG